AUGACGGGCGGAUCGAGCAGCACGGACCCGCCGAGCGGCAGCAAGGACCACCCGCCGGAAGACGCGCCGCGGCGCCACAUCCCGUGGCGGCGGCGCGAUAUCUUCCGGCCUGGUGCGCAGACGAAGCACCUAAGGAAGCACGUGGAGGCUGGGCUCAACUUCGCGCCGCCGCCGCUGAGCGCCCACGAGGAGCUGUGUCGCUACGCGGCGAUCGGACUGCCCAACAUCACGUACAACAAGCAGAUCACCAUCGCGCUCUCGCAGCGGAGCAUGGGCCGGCCCGAGCUGCUCGCCUGGCUCAAGCAGGAGCACCCCGAGUACGCCAAGCCGUACCCGGGCUACCACGCCGGCUUCGUCCCGUUCGACAACCUGCUGACGGCGCUCAAGGAGGGCGUGGACGCGGGCAACCUCCAGCUCACCGACUCAAAGUACUCCCUCGCCGCGCCGUGGGACCCCUGGUCGCCGUCGUCCCACCUCGACCCAUCGGCCGCUCGGCCGCAGCCUCCCCCGCGAGCGGACCCGCCGCCGGCCCAGCCCCGCGCGAUGCGCCGCUCCGUCGUGGAGGUGUUCUGGCAGAGCGUCGCCGCCAUGACGGGUGCGCCCUCCGCCCUCGGCACCGGCGGAGAGGCGUCUACCUCGUCGUCUGCCCCGACGUCUGCCCCGUCCUCGUCCCUCGCCGCCGCCUCGCCGCCCUCCUCGCCGCCAGACCUCGAGGAGGAGCUGGGCGAGGACCUUCUCCUCCGCGUGAUCGAGCUCUGCGGGCUGCGCGCCGCGCUGCAGUGCGCCGCUGUCUCCAAGCGGUGGAGGGGGCUAGUCGUCGGCUUGCUCGACCGGUGGCGGCUGCUGCGGUGGGAGGGCGCGGUCGCAUGGCCGCACUCCAAGCCGCCGGGCCCGCCCAACGACCGCGCGGACGGGGCGGACGGGGCGGACGGGGCGGAGGCGGUCGGGGCGGCCCCGGCGGCUGCCAUGGCGGGCCUUGCGGUGGCCGACGCGGCGGCGGCGGCGGCGGGCGCGAGUAGUUCGUCGCCGCCGCAUAAUGGCACUUGCGGCACAAUACAGUGGCAGGUGCCCGAGGAGUUCAAGCCGGACAACCUGACCUACGUGCAGCUGCAGCCGGGCGCGGGGCAGCCGUGGGGCGAGGAGACGCCCACGACACGCCAGUGGGAGCUGCAGCCGACGGAGGACCGGAUCCCCAGCCAGUGGGAGCUGCAGCCGACGGAGGACCGGAUCCCCAGAGGCGGCACCCUCUGGGCCUGCUACCGCAGUGCGCACCGGAUCGCGGCCUUCGACGCGGCGGAGAUGUGCGCGAGGGGCGGGAGGACGGGCGUGUCUGCGGCGGGGAAGCCGCGGGUCGGCACGGCGCCCGCGCGCUUCAGUUUCGGCGGGAACGACGAGGAGGGGACGAUCCCGCCCUUCCCAGCCGACGAGUGGCACAGCCGUGUGAUGGCGUCGCGGCGCAAGCGCGGCGCGCUCAGCUCGCCGUGCGCCUUCACUGUGAGCGAGCGGCGCGUCUACGUCUGCGACCGCGAGAACCACCGCAUCUCCGUCUUCUCGGCCGACGACGGCGCCUACCGCCACUGCUUCUCCACCUUCGGCGACGCGCCCGGCUGCGCUUUCACGCCCGAGGGCGAGUCGCGGGCCAUCCUCUGCCCGCCCGGCGGCAAGCAGCCCAUGCUGCGCGGCCUCUGCGUCGGCCCGCGUGGCCGCAUCUACGCGGCCGACCGGUGCAACGACCUCAUCCACCUGAUCCAGCUCCGCAGGUAGACGGGCGCCGGCGCGCUCAGCGGCAGGCCAGUGACCGCCAGGGUUCGCUCUCUAUGGACUAUGUGCGGGCUGCUACGCGGGCCGAAAAGGGUGCGAGUGAAAAACUCAACCCAAUUUAUUU